AUGUUAGAUCAUCCUAUCAAUGUAGGAAGGUACCAAUUAUCAGCAUUAUCAACGUACUCCUAUAUGAUAGAUUGGGUUUUAUAUGGAACGGUUUAGGUGUUGAUGUUGCUCUUUGGGUCAAAUAUUACACCAAGGUUCCAUGAGUUCCUGUUGGAUGAUAUUUCAUUGAUGAAUUCUUACAAAGGCGAAGAACUGACUGCUAUUCCCAUUCCAAUACUUGUAUUAAUAUCUCUUGGAAUCCCAAUUAUAAUAAUUGUAAGUCUUAGUGCUUUCCGGAAAUCUUUAAGUCUCCAAAGGAGACUUUGGGAUAUAUUUUGCGGAUUAUUGUCAUUAUGUGGGAGUCAAGUCACUCAAUUAACAAUUACCAUACUUUUGAAAAACAUAUGUGGCUUACCCCGCCCCGAUCUAAUAUCUCGAUGCUUACCGAGUGUCUCGGUACUACCAUUUGGACAAUUGGCAACCAUAGAGAUUUGCACAAAUGAUGACUUGCCAUUACUAAUGGAUGGAUUCCGUUCGUUCCCUAGUGGUCAUCUGCUGACAGUCUUCUGUGCUAUGGUUCUUGUAAGUUUAAAUAUAUGUGGGAAACUUCAAGUAUUUGAUAGACGAGGGAUUUCAUCACAUGUAAUAUUGGUUAUUCUCCCGUUAUUACUUGCAUGUUUUGUUGCUUGCACUAGAAUUAGUGAUAAUCGUCAUUUCCUCAGAGAUGUCAUUGGUGGUUCAAUCAUUGGUUCUACAGUUGCAAUUUUUUUCUAUUACCAAUAUUUCCCAAGUAUCUUCAAUCUAGAAAAUUGUGGUAGAGCAUACCCACCAAGAAGAUAUGGUUUGGCGACCUUAUAUAAUAAUGUUGAAGGAUUUUGGAAUCUUGAAGAACGUACCUCGGGAUCAUUCCAAAGAAGAAAUUUGAAUUCAAUUGAAUCAUUGAGAAAGUUGAUUGAAGCUACAAAUAUUCAUAUUUCUCCUCAAGAUUUGGUUUCUACUGGAUUAUCUGAAAAUAUAGAUUUAUUAAAUAGAUUAAGUCAAGAACUUAAUGGUAGAUAUAUUAAUUUGGAUGAAUAG